AUGCGCGAAAGGGGCAAUGCCUUGCGUCGACUAAUCGCAAAUCCUGCUACUAUACAGCAUGAGGACGAUGAGACUGAGUCCGGAUCAGGAGAAGCAAAUUCGACUGCUACUACUACAGGAGAAGACGUUAAAAUCUUGUCAAAAGAAGAGCUCAUCGAAGAGGCCCGAACUAUUAAGGAUAAGCUAUCUUCUAUUGAAGAAGAUGAAGCCCGUCUCGAGGCGCAAAUGACAGAGCUCGCGCUUGCUAUUCCUAACUUAACUAGCCCGGAAACGCCCCGCGGAGACGAGCCCCUCGUUCUUAGCUACAUUAAUGAGCAGCCGGAGCCAGCACUUUCCUCGUCGGAUCGUGUAUGGCGAUCCCAUGUGCACAUCGGGUCCGAAUUAGGUCUACUUGAUUUUACAGCCGCCGCAACGACGUCUGGUUGGGGAUGGUACUACUUAAUAGAUGAAGGCGCUCAGUUAGAACAGGCACUUAUCAGCUACGCGCUUGCUGUCGUGACGAAGCAAGGCUCUGGCUGGCGCCAGGUCGCCCCGCCAAGCAUAGUAUACAGCCACAUCGCUGCAGCCUGUGGUUUCCAGCCGCGCGACCAGAAUGGCGAGCAGCAAGUUUAUACCUUAGCCCAAUCCGCCGCCGAUGCCCAACGCGGAAAACCUGAACUCUGUCUCGCAGGGACCGCCGAGAUCCCACUCGCCGGCAUGAAAGCCGACACACUCUUAGAAGAAACUGACCUGCCUAUAAAAUAUAUCGGUGUGUCGCGAUGCUACCGCGCAGAGGCGGGUGCCCGCGGCGUCGAUACUAAGGGCCUGUACCGUGUGCACGAGUUCACAAAGGUGGAGAUGUUCGCGUGGACAUCUCCCGAUGCAGAUGCCACUGCUGAGGUGUUCGACGAGAUGCUUGACCUACAAACUGAGAUCCUUCAGGGGCUAGGCUUAUCGUGUCGUGUGCUUGAAAUGCCAUCAACCGACCUCGGCGCAUCUGCCACCCGUAAGUGCGAUAUCGAAGCUUUCUUCCCGAGCCGCCGCGGCCCGGACCGUGAUGGCUGGGGCGAGGUCACAAGUGCUAGCAUUUGCACCGAUUACCAAGCCCGUCGAUUGGCUACGCGACUACGCGGCACGGCAGGUGCUGGUGGCAAACUGACAUAUCCUUGGACCGUCAACGGCACUGCGCUUGCUGUUCCCCGCGUGCUAGCUGCGCUGCUAGAGAACGGAUGGGACGAGGCUGAGAUGACAGUUGAUAUUCCUGAAUGUCUUCGGCCGUGGAUGGACGGAAGAGAGAAGAUUGGGUUAAAACAUCGCCGUAACUAA